UGUUAAAUAAAAUCAACAAAACACCAUCUAAGCCCUUUUCUUCAGACAAAACUUGACAAUUCAACUAGUUGGGUAAUCGGAAUGGAAGCGAAGAUCGGCAAGUUCUUUGAGUCCGUCGGCUCGUUCUUCGGCGGCGGUGAUCAGAUCCCCUGGUGCGACAGGGAUAUUAUCGCUGGAUUAGAGAGGGAAGUUACAGAAACUGCUAAGGUCGGGUCGGAGGAGGAGAAGAACGAUAGCAUAAUGAGGCUUUCGUGGGCUCUUGUUCACUCUAGGCAAGCUGAAGAUGUGCAGCGUGGGAUAGCCAUGCUUGAAGCAUCCUUAGCCAAUAGCAGCCCUCCUCUGCAGCAAAAAGAGAAAAUUUAUCUUCUAGCUGUCGGAUAUUACAGAUGUGGUAACUACUUAAGGAGCCGGCAGCUUGUGGGGCAAUGUUUGGAGAUUCAACCUGAUUGGAGGCAGGCUGAGACCCUCAAGAAGACAGUUGAAGAUCGAAUUGCAAAAGAUGGUGUUAUUGGAAUUGGCAUCACUACUGCUGCGGUGGGACUUAUUGCUGGUGGAAUUGCUGCAGCAAUGUCUCGCAAGAAAUGACAACCCAAUAAUGUGUAUAUUUCAUUACUGCUUUGACAUAUGGCCUAUGAAAGUGUUGCUGUAUCUGUUUUGAAAUUAGAAAGCAAUACUCUUGUGUCUAUGUUUUUCAAAUGAGUGACUAUAAAUUAGUUAUGGUUGAUAUUUAUACUUGAGUAAUGAUUCUUGGACCAAACUUUAGGACGAAAAUUAUUUUAACCAUUGAUUAUGUGGGUCAACGUUAGGCUCACACCAUGAUCAAUGGUUUUACCAUAAAUUCGGUCUAAACUUUGGUCUUAACUAUCAUGAUUGUUUAUCUUGCAAUUGCGGAAUUACCGUAUAUAGUUGUUUUGAAUGUUGAAUUAAUUGGUGGAAUCUUG